GUUACCUUGCGAUCACUGAAGUGCAGUUCGGGAGGCCGUAUCAUAGUGGUGGCAGCGACACUCGGAGACUCCCGACAAAUUGUUUAAAAACAUUGUCAGAAAACGAACCAUGGCAGAGCUGGACCUGAGUCUGAGUGAUGCUCUGACGGACAGCGUCCCCCAGGAGGGUCCAGAGGGCCUGGUGGAGAGAGACUUUGUGGCUCAGCUGGAGUCUGAGGCCUUCGAUGACCAGGUGGGCGAGACGGUGGGCAAGACAGACUACAUCCCCCUGCUGGACAAUGAUGGGACCAGGGCAGAUGCCGACCCUGUGUUGGAGAAUGGCGAGCAGGACGCCCAAGGGGCACAAAAACCUGGUUCUAAAGUGACACCGGGGGGACAGAUAUCAGCUUCGCGCCCAGAACCACAGGUGGAAGUGCGUCCCAACUCGGCAGAGCACCAGGUCUUUGCAGCAACAGAUUUCCUCUCAGGCUCCAUGGCGGGCGUCCCUGAUCAGUGGAGCUCCCAGCCCAACAACCCUCGCCAGAUGAUGGAUAGUGGACUGAUAGGAGAUUCCUCAGGUUUCUCCCAGCCUGCCAUGGGAGUGAAUAUGGACAUGGGGAUGGCUCUACUAUCGGCAGAGAGGCCUCCCAGCAUCGCUGAGCACCAGAAGCCCAAGGACAUAUCUGCAGGUGCCCUGGGCGAUGGCUGGACAGACAAGGCUUGCAUUCCCACCGACCUGCCGUUCACCCCAAGUUUCUCCGCAAUGAUCAGUCACCAUGCAAGCCACCUGGAGGCCAGCCCCGAGGACCCCCCUGACUGUGGCUGGCCCCACCGAGAGGCCUUGGCCAUGGGGGAGGAGAUGGAGAGCAACGAGGUAAAUGACCGCAAACAACAACAACAACAGCAGAAGAAGAAGAAGAAGAGGAGGCCCCGAGACGAGGUGUACGACAGGGGCCAACCGGAGACUCAGGCUGAGAACACAAUCCUGUCAGAGGGCCACCACAGGGUCUCCCCCCGCAAGGACAGGGACAGGAUAGUGGGGGGCUGGGAGCGGGAAGAGCCAGGGAGAAGUGGAGCCAGGGGAAAGAGGGGCAAGAGCAGGAAGAAGCUUCCAGAAGAGUGGGGGUUUACAGCCGAGCCCUUCGUACCCUCCUCUGCCGCUCACCUCCCUGAGGGGCUGAUCCCUGCCAGUGAGGACCUCUUCCCUCCAUCUCUCACCCAGAAUCUGCUCCCUCUCAUGACCCCCACCUCCCUUCCACCUGCCAUGGGCUGCGAUCUCCUGCCUACAGCCCCCGUCUCCAUGCCCACCAGUCAGGGAGAGUUCUCGCUCAGAGGAACUUUCCCCAUGGUCACGUGUCCUGGAGACCCAUUCACCGCCAGCUACCAAGACCUGCUUAUGGAUACAGAGACUGCCAGCCUGGGUAAUGACAAAGAGGCUUUCUCCCCAACUUCUUCCCUAGAUUCCCCAGUUCAUGAGUCAGGGGUCAAAGUGAUGUUUGAUCAUGACACCUCAAUGCAGGAUGUCCAUAUUGAAGAUGCCAUGAGUUUUAGCCCCACCCACCAACCAGAUCGUGGCCUAUCACCAUUAGAGAAGCCUAGUGAGCUCACAGCGACCGCACCCCCUUUCUCCCCCUCCGACAGCUCCUGGCUCAUCAACGACUACCACUUCAGCAACAACAACAACUGCUUUGAGUUCAGUGACAUCACUCCAGGGCGCUCCCUACCUGUGGGCCUGGCCUUCGACACACCCAGCCCAGUCCCUCUUCGCUCCCCCAAAACCAUGCCUGAAUUCUACCCCAGGGGGGGCAAAGAGGCUAAAUCCCCAUCACAGAAGAUACCCAAGAAGUCCCGCUCCUCCUCUUCCACCAAAAGCCCCACCUCACCAGGGUCCGGUCUGAACCCCACCGCCCAGUCCUUCUUCCCUGGCUUCGCCAACCCCACAGAGCCCCUCACCGUGGUGGUGGCCCCAAUGUCUGAAGUAAAAUCCAAUAAGAUGGACAAACCAGAGAAAGAGGAGAAGAUGGACAACUUCGAGAAGUUGGACCAAUUUAAGAUGCUCGAUAAGCUAGACAAAGUGGAGAAGAAGAAUACUUCUGCGAAGACUGAAGCGUCUGUGAAGGUGGAUUACGCAGACCCACUGGACAAAGUGGAGAAGAAGGAUACGACUGCGAAGACUGAAGCGUCUGUGAAGGUGGAGUACGCAGACCCACUGGACGAAGGGGAGAAGAUAGAUAAAAUAGACAAGGCAGAGAAAACAGAAAAGCUGGAGCCAACAGAUAAGGCAGAAAACACAAAUGAAGAAAAAACAGAGAAGAUGGAUAAAAUGGACAAGAAGACUGACAAGGUAGAGAAGAUGGACAAGGUGCAAAAGACUGACAAAGAAGAAAGAACGGAGAAAAUGGAUCAGGACGAGAAGACUGACAAGGUAGAGAAGAUGGAUAAGGUGGAAACACCUGAGAAGACAGAACAGAAAGAACAGAGUAUUGAAAAAGUGGAGAAGACCCCAGAAAAACAGGAGACAUCGGUGAAGUCGAACACAUUUGACAAGAUAGGAACACAGUCUGACAAGGAGAAGACAGCCCAUGGUGGAAAGGUAACAGUAACAGCUGAGAAAGAAACAGACAGAGCAGAGAAGCCCACAGACAAAGUGGAGGAGGAGAAGACAGAGAAAACAGACAAGGUGGGGGAGGAGGAGGAGAAGAAGACAGAAAAAACAGACAAGGUGGGGGAGGAGGAGAAGAAGAAGACAGAGAAAACAGACAAGGUGGAGGAGGAGGAGAAGAAGACAGAGAAAACAGACAAGGUGGAGGAGGAGGAGAAGAAGACAGAGAAAACAGACAAGGUGGAGGAGAAGAAGACAGAGAAAACAGACAAGCUGGAAGAGAAGAAGACAGAGAAAACAGACAAGGUGGAAGAGGAUAAGAAGACAGAGAAAACAGACAAGCUGGAAGAGAAGAAGACAGAUAAAACAGACAAGGUGGAAGAGGAGAAGAAGACAGAUAAAACAGACAAGGCGAAGGAUGAGAAAUACGAGAAAAAAGAGCUUAAAAGUCCUGAGAGGAAAACGGACAAGAUAGCAGAGACAGCUGAUAAGGCCAAAAAACCUGCAAGUAAACCUUCAACCAAUGGGAGCGGUGCUGCACCAAGCCGGGACCUACCAAGUCCAGACAAAAAGACCAAGCCUGUUGGGGGGGCAACCAAACCGAGCGCUGCUAAGCCACGGCCGAGCUCAGCAGCAUCCGUCAGUGCUGCUGCCCCCAAACGCCCCACCCCUUCCUCCACCUCAGCCAAACUCAGCAAAAAAACACCCAUGCCCAAGGUUCCCACCCCCACCACUGCCCACAAGCGGCCCUUGUCCGCAGCCAGCCGCCCCGCAUCCGCAGCCACCACCUCCACCACUGCGCCCCGUGAGGUCAAGCCUAAGACCACAGAGAGACGUCCUCUAGUACCAAAGGCGGCCACCAGCUCCACAGCUCCACCUGCUGCCCCAAAAAACGGCUCUGCUACCACGGCAACCGGUAAACCAGCCAUGGCGCCCCGCACCGCCACAAGCGCACCCGCAACCAGACGCCCUCUGGCAUCAAAGACUGACAGCAAGCCAGGAGAGGAUAUCAAGCCCAGCACUCUGAAGUCAACAACAGCUGACUCCACCCGGCCCCGGACCAGCACCACCCGCAGCUCCAUAGCUAGCACCACCAAUGCCACCCCCCGUGUCCGCCCCACCACCACCAAACCAGCCACCGCCCCCUCCUCCACAGUACCAGAGAAGAAGCCCCCGGGGCCCCGCGUCCCCCAUCCCACCUCUAACACCACCUGGGGCAGUGUCAGCGCCUCGGGGACCACCUCCCGCCCAAGCACAGCCCCCGCACCUGACAUCCGCAACGUACGCUCCAAGAUCGGCUCCACGGACAACAUGAAGUACCAGCCCGGAGGGGGGAAGGUCUCUGGCAGGAGCGACGCCCUGGGCCAAGGCUCCUCCUCCAAAGAGACCAGCCAGGCCAAAGUUCAGAUAGUCUCCAAAAAGCUGGACUUCAGCCACGUCACCUCACGCUUGGGUUCCAAGGACAAUAUCAAGCAUGUUCCUGGUGGAGGGAAGGUUCAGAUACUCAACAAAAAGGUGGACUUAAGCAAAGUGACAUCAAAGUGUGGUUCCAAGGCCAACAUCAAACACAAGCCUGACCUAUGCAGUGACUGUGUGUGUCCUGUAGGGGGCGGCGAUGUGAAGAUCGAGUCCCAGAAAGUGAACUUCAAGGAUAAGGCUAAGUCCAAAGUGGGUUCAAUGGACAACCUGUGUCACGAGCCCGGCGGUGGCAACAUUGAGGCUGAGGGAGCCCAGGAGAUAGCAGAGGGGAAUGAGGUUCCCCCCAGUGAUACCCCGGUUCCAGCCACGGUGCCAGGACAGGCAAGCAGCCCCUCCCAGGAGAAUGGGGUAAAGGAGGACGCCCCCUGCCAGGGCCUCCAUGACCCCCAGGGCCUCCAUGACCCCCAGGGCCUGGACUCAAGCAUCCCUGAGACAAAUUGAGUCUUUCAAGCUCAACUUCUGCGAGAACGCCUGCUCUCGCACGGAUCACGGCGCUGACAUCAUAACCUGGCCAGCCCCAGACAACAGCCCCUCACACCUGCAACCCAGUGUCUCUCUCAAUGACUUCCUGACCUCCGCCGGCUACCCCUGCUGCCCCCAGCCCCCUCCCUCUUCCCCCCGCCAGGGGCAACGGCACACUAGCAGGACUCAGAUCAUGACCCUCAACCCCACACCCCAGUUCCAAACACCUCUCCCUUCUUAUGCUCUCAUUCAUGUAUCAUGUUAUUACGCCUACCCUGCCCUACCUACCUACUGUCCUGUUCCCAUUGGCUGAGCUGACAUUGUACAUACAGUAGACCAAGCUUCAGGCAGGGUGGGAUAUCAAUGGGAGGGGAACGGAGGCUUGCCAUGUUCUCUCUGAUUUGUCUGGUUGUGCUAAUCUUGUAUUAAUGUGCUCGGAGGACUUUCCUAGGAUCAUGGUUUUCCGUUGGUCACUCUGAUCAGGUGAUGGGAGGGGCGAUGGGCUGUUUUGUAUAUGAACCUUUUCCUUCCUGGCUUUCUGACAACAGCGCUCAUUUUAGAUCAUGUUUCCUGGUCUCUACAAGAGCAGAACAUGGCAGUCGCAGCAUACAGUAGCAGACGCCAGUCAUGUCCAGUAUUACAGUACGUACUAGUGGCGUUUUAGUGAGAGCAUAAUCUACCAGGCAACAGCGGCCUUGAACAAACCCGUUUGCUUCAUACAGACACCCCCAUAGACACUACCCAAUGGGAAACCCUCCUAGACUUACCUGUGGGUUACGUACGCAGAGUAAUAUGUGUGUAGCACCCCUUUACUUGUGAGCAUGUAGGGCUGCCGUGUGUUCCCAAUAACCAUCGACUCACUCGCUGGCUCACCCCCCUCCUGUCUUUCUUCACUGUCCAUCAUCAGAGCAUUUGAAACUAGUAGACUGUUUGAACAGUAGACUAUUUAACUCUCUUUAAUCUCUGUGUUUGUGAUGGUGUGUUUGAGUGAAUUCUGCUGUAACAAUGAGUUGUGGUGUUCUGUUUACUUUGUCUCGACUUUGGUUUAUUUUCCUCAUCUGUUUUGGUAGAAGGUUUUUCUCAUCGUUUCCUUUGUAUUCUUUCUCGUACAAGCAAUACGCUGGAUGGUCUAUUUACCGUUAGGACUCAGAAAGCUUCUUGAAUACACGCAAACAUUUUUUUUUUCUUCUUGAAACAAAGGCACACAGUCAUGAAGAUGCAACACUGUUUAGGGCUUUGAGACCGAGGAAGCAUGUCGGGAAUGUGAGGAGGGAGAUGAAGACAAAGACGGAUAAAACGGAGAGACAACGAACACUGAGGCGUAGUGAAAGACAUGUCCACUUCAGUGUGUUAAAACAACAAUGUGAUGGCAGUGGAACAUUCCAUGUUCAGAACCGUUUGUGCAUAUAAUAUGCGCAAACUGUUCUGAACAUUGAAUGUUCCACUGUCAGAAUAGUAGUCUGGGAAAGUUCAAGAAAGUAGAGUUUGGAAGCUUUUAUUUUGAAUACAGUACAAGGGACUUAUGUGAAGAUGAAUUAUUUGAAGGCAAAGGGUCUUGUCUUGUAUGUGCCUCCUGUCCUGUUUACCUGAAACUGGGAUGGAACUCGGGCUGGAAACUCAAGCUGAUGGACCCUUGUCCCUGGAGAGCAACAGACCCGUCAAGGCGCCUGGUGGCUCUGUAGUCUGAUUAAGAUUUACAAGAAUUCUAUUUUGUAACUAAUCCUUGUUGUUGUUCCAUUUCAGCUGUUUUCUGAGGGUUCUGGUCAGGUGUUUUUUGACAGUUAUAAGAGGACUUGCUGAAAGACUUGUUUUGUCAGGUUAUUGGCAGUGGAACAUUCGAUGUGGCUUAUUGUACACGUAGCAAUGUAUCCAACGAUUGCCUCCAAUUGCUUUUUAUUUAGUGCAUGGCCAGGUAAUAUCAUGCCCAGAGCAGAAAGCCUAUGUGCAUUAUGACUUGCAGUGUUGUGGUUCAGUAUAUUUGUCCUUGGGGGCAAAUCAUAGUCAGUGGUGUAUCUUUCCUCAUUAUUGUGUUCUUUGCUUUAGACAGUGGGCAGGAAGAAAAUCAGAGGCUGUCGUUUUGCCUGAAAAUUCUAUUGCAGUUUGGUAUAUAAUUCAGCUAUAAGUUCAUCGUGUUUAUUUGUGUUGUACUCAGAAUGAGGACAGUACAUCAAGUAAUGUUUUUGAGUAAUGAUUUGUUUUUUUCCCCCCACGCCCCGCUAAUUCAAGUGAAAAUGUAGACCUCCUAAAAGUAGCACCAACACUCCAAAAUGUGCAAGAAUAAUACAACUGACAUUUUUAAUAUCCUCUUAAAUCAGAGGUGUCGAAACUAUUAAAAGCACCUUAAAGGCUUGAAUAUAUCAAAGCGGGUUCACUGUGAUGGAAAUCUGUAUUUGAUUGAAGGUAGAUAUGUCUGCAAUGCAUAAGGGCCACAUAACGAACACAGUUAAGGAGCUUUGCACAGUUCUGUACAGCAUAGAACUGUAUUUCAUCUUGAUGGCCUCCCAUUUUUCUCCUAGGACCACCAUGAAAUAUUGUUUGAGGGUAACAAUCUUUUGAGAUGUGUGGAAUAAUCCCCAGAGCCAAAUGUUUUAAGAAAAUAGACUUUUAUUUUAUUGUUAUCAACAAGAUUUUAUUUUGAAAUUCGAUAGGUUUGUAGAUAUUGAUAUCUGAGCGGUUUGUCAAAGAAUCAGAGGAGCGCCUGCUGAGGUGGAUCGUAGUAUGGCCUCUGGUGCCACGUUCCUCAUCUGAUGGGGACAUUUCCUCCUUGUGCCUGUCCACAACCACUUUUACUAUCACUUUCACCCCUGGUCUUCAUCAUGUUCUCUUUGAGAUCGCACGCGGUUGUUUAGAAGUAUAGAUUUCGACUGUUUAUACACUAUUUCCCCACAGCAACAAAAACAAUAUGAAAACUACAAUUGGGGGGGCGGUAAUAAGGAUGUUAAGUAUAGCUUUUAUGUUCGUCUACCUUUAACAGAUUUAAUGGUAAUGAGUAAUAUUAAUUAUUAUUAUUAUUAUUAUUGAGCAAGUCUACCUUUUUUCCAAGAAAAGGGCUGCAAAAGUGAAAGAAUGUUCUGGAGAUUUAGUGUACUAAAGAAACAACACUUUUACGAUGUGUAUUUAUCUUGUGUAUUUAUCUUGUGUUCCCAUUGGUGCGUGGUGGUUGUGUCAGUGGGGGAGUGUUAGAGGGCUUAUGGAAGGCAUAAUGAGGUCUGGUCCAGUUUGUGCAUUGCUGUCUAUUGAACAGCCUUUCUUUCACAAAUUUUAAGAGUUUUGUUAACUUUCACAUAACCUUUGUCCAUCCCCAGAACCCCAGUCUUAAGAAAUUAAAAUACUGUUAUUUACAGGAAGACCUUUUUAGAUGUGAUUUUGACAUUGUAGGAUACAGUGAUGACCUCGCGUUGAUUUGAAAACAAGAUACAUGUAACAUGAAAGGGAUUGAAACUAAUAUGUAUGAAUUGCACUGUAUAACAUACCGUUACAAAAUGCGUGGAAGAGGGAUUAGAAAUCAGAGUUUGUAUCGGUCAUUUAGGAACAUUGUUCCCCUCGCCCACACACACACACACGGAACACACACACACACACACACACACACACACUGCCCUGGAGUAUCAUGGAAAGCUCCACGUCCUAACACACCUUUGUGUAAGACUAACAGCUGCUGUGUUAUACUUAGAGCUCUCCAGUGAUGCAACAAUGAACUCCAUAGAUCUGCUUCUAGCUGUUAGCUCACACAAAGUGUACUAAUAGAAAACACCUGCUUAAGAGCAGAAACAAUUGGGAUGUGUUAGGAUGACUUAUGUCAUUUGUCAUUUGCAAGAAUUUGUCAUUUGCAGAAUUUAUUUUGUUUAGAUUUUUGUUUUUCAUUCAUUUAGAAUUUAUUUUGGGGUUUUGAAAGAAGUGUUUGUUGUGAUUAAUUGUUCAUUAGUGAUGUGAUUAUUAAAAAUGUAAUAAAAUACAAAUGUUUAA